UUUCUUCUCUCUACAAUCAAUUGUCUUUACAGAAACCAAUCACUCUUCUAUUCUUGUUGAAAGAGAAGGAAAAAAAUAAUAAGAAUACAAUAUUUGACCUUCAUUUUGAUAUUUUCACCUCUACCCUCAUACCUUUGAAGGGCCGUUUGCGGCAACCGAGCGCUCCUUACGUCUCUGGACUGUCCUGUCCAUCAAGACAGAUCAGGACACCCAAAAGAUAUUCCGAACUACUACCUUCCAUCAUGCCGUCGCACGCGAGGCUUUCUGGGGCUUCAUUAUCCGGCCUGCGGACUUCUGAACCGGACUUGGAUUGCCCUAAAAGCACAUUCUUCGUCAGCAAUAUCCAUUGCUCUUCAUGUGUCGCCUAUAUCACCGAGGUCCUUUUCGAAAUACCGUCAGUGAAGACAGUUGAUGUCUCUAUUUUCACACACGAAGUCCAUGUACGCCACGGAGCCGAAACACAGGCUUCGGGUUUGGCUGCGGCGCUCAUCCAAGCGGCCUUUGAAGUUCACUAUGUCACCACUUAUGAUCACAAAGGAACUAUCAUAUCCGAGCUCGAUACAACCUCAUGGCUUUCAUCAGACCCCGUGCCCUUCUCUCCUCCACGGACCGUAGACCACCGCUCAGCUCCUCAGAACCAACUGCACAUUGCCAACUGUGAUGCCUGCCGGAAAGAAGAAAACGAAAGACUUUCUUCUUUACCAUACCCAUCAAAUGUUGCAUCUCCUCGAGAAAGAAGGCUCCGAAAUUAUUCGAGGCCUAUCAGCAAUGUCCAUUUGGUGAAUCAAAAUUUCGAUCAACUGGAGUCUGACACCGAGAGUCUUGUCCGCCCGAUUUCCUCCACAAGUCACAUAAGCCACAAAAGUCAUAGGUCAGAACAAUCGAGUACGCAAAAGGAAUUACAAACAGGAAAGAAUGAAGAAUUCAAAGCCCGAAUAAGCAUUGGGGGAAUGAGCUGUGCAUCGUGUGUCAACAGCAUCACGAACGAGGUCAAACAACUCGAAUUUGUCAAAGAUAUUACCGUCAACCUUCUCACCAAUAGCGCAGCAUUGGUAUACACUGGCCCACGGUCAAAAAUAGACAAGAUUGUCGAACAGAUUGAGGAUAUUGGGUUUGAAGCUGCCAUCGAUGAAGUCGAUGUCAUUACCCAACCCAAGCAGAAUCUCACGGCUUAUGUUGCUGAAAUUGCUAUCAGUGGAAUGACGUGCGGCUCCUGUGUUGGAAGUGUAACGAGAGGUCUCGAAGAGCUUCCUUUUGUCACCAAUGUCUCCGUCAAUCUCUUGUCUCAUAGCGGCAAAGUCGAGUUCGAGGGACAAGAAAACAUAGGUGAAAUCGUGGAAAAGAUUGAAGAUCUUGGAUACGAUGCCUCUGUCAACAGUAUUAAUCCUCUGGCUGCGAGUAACGAUGGCGACCUUACCAUAUCAAGCAGAACAGUCUCUAUUCGCGUGAAUGGCAUGUUCUGUCACCACUGCCCAGAAAAAGUUCUGAAAUCUCUGGAAGGGUUCUCCGAUGUUCAAGUUGACCAAGCGCUCUCUUUCAAAACUCCCAUUUUAAAGGUCACCUAUACGCCUCAACCCCCGUCUCUCACGAUUCGAAACAUACUCUCUGCUAUCGAUAGCGCGCAUGACGAAUUCAAGCCAGAGGUUUACCAUCCACCUAGUGUCGAAGAUCGCUCACGCGCAAUGCAUCUACAUGAACGACGUCGGCUGCUAUCCCGUCUUGCUUUUGUUUUGGCUGCUGCAAUUCCGACAUUUCUGAUUGGUGUGGUCUUCAUGAGUCUUGUGUCUUCCAAAAACAGGAUUCGAAUGUAUUUGGAGCAGCCUAUGUGGGUUGGCAGUGUGACCCGUUUGGAAUGGGCUCUGUUCAUCAUGACCACUCCCGUCAUGUUCUAUGGCACUGACAUCUUUCAUGUACGCGCUAUCAAGGAAAUUCAUGCUCUAUGGCGCCCAGGCAGUCGUGUUCCCCUCUUGCGGAGGUUCUAUCGUUUUGGAAGCAUGAACCUCUUGAUCUCUGCUGGCACGACAGUAGCUUACCUUUCAUCAUUGGCGGUCCUUAUUAUGGAUGCUGUCAUGGAUUCGCCAGCCAGCGGACAUAGCUCGUCAUAUUUUGAUUCCGUUGUUUUCCUUACUUUGUUUAUUCUUGCUGGUCGCUUCAUGGAGGCUUACAGCAAAGCAAAGACUGGAAACGCUGUCGCAUCACUUGGAAAACUCAGACCAUCGGAAGCAUUGUUGUUUAUCAGCCCGUCAACCGGCACCGACCAAACUGGAUCUGACAGCAUUGGAACAGAAACGAUUCAGCGUAUCAACGUUGACUUGUUAGAUAUCGGUGACACGGUCAGCAUCCCCCAUGGUGCUUCACCUCCGGCAGACGGCAUUGUAGUGGGCACCGGCUCAUAUCAGUUUGACGAAAGCUCAUUGACAGGCGAAUCGAAACCUGUCAAAAAGUCCGCCGGGGAUCAAGUUUUCACUGGGUCCGUCAAUGUUGGACAGCCGGUACAAAUCAAGAUCUCUGCUGUUGGGGGCUCAUCCAUGUUGGACCAGAUCAUUUCCGUGGUGCGCGAGGGCCAGAGUAGACGUGCACCUUUGGAAAGAGUUGCAGAUUUACUCACUUCUCACUUUGUGCCCAUCAUCACCCUCAUCGCAAUCUUGACCUUUGCCAUUUGGUUCGCACUGGGACAAUCGGGCGCCCUACCCCCAGAUUAUCUUGAUGUUUCCCGCGGGGGCUGGGCCUUUUGGAGCUUGGAGUUUGCCAUCUCUGUCUUUGUGGUUGCCUGCCCUUGCGGUCUGGCACUGGCUGCCCCAACAGCGCUUUUUGUCGGUGGAGGGUUGGCUGCCAAACAAGGUAUUUUGGUCAAGGGUGGUGGAGAAGCUUUCCAGGAAGCAAGCCGCCUGGAUGCCAUUGUUUUUGACAAGACUGGAACUCUUACAGAAGGAGGUAGCCUGAAAGUGUCUGAUCACGAAGCCCUUAUCAAGGACCCUGAGGAGUUGCAAGUUGCUUGGGCUCUUGCUCAAAAGCUAGAGGAGAGCAGCAACCAUCCGAUUGCCAGAGCCAUAUCGGAUUUCUGUUGUGAUAAGACGUCAAGAUCUAUCGAAUCCUCUGAUAUCCAAGAGAUUUCAGGGCAAGGAAUGAAGGGCACUUUUACCAUCUCAUCCGAUCAGUCGACCGUCCAAUACGAAGCAGCGAUCGGUAACGAGCGCCUCUUACAGGAGCUUGCCUCUCCUGAUAUCGACACUUACUAUCUCACCAAUUUACUCACAGAAUAUCAAUCAGCUGGGAAAUCGACCGCUAUACUCUCGCUUCGCAAAAUUGGUUCCCCAGAUUUGAAGGAUUCUCAAUUUGCCCCAGCAAUUGUAUUCGCGACGUCUGAUUUGAUUCGUCCUGAAGCUGUGCAAGUGAUUUCCAAACUUCGAAAACGUCAGGUCGAGGUUUUUAUGUGCACCGGUGAUAACCAAACUACUGCCCACGCUGUUGCGGAUAUGUUAGGAAUUCCUCGUUCGAAUGUUAUUGCCAAUGUCAUGCCUUCAGGAAAGGCCGAUUUUGUCCGCCAAGUCCAAGAGGGGACCAAUGGGUCGAAUAGCGAAGGCACAAACGAACCCCUAUCACGCUCAAUUGUCGGAUUUGUUGGAGAUGGAGUCAACGACUCUCCCGCACUCGCAGCUGCAGAUGUCAGUAUCGCCAUGGCAUCCGGUUCUGAUGUCGCCAUGAAUUCUGCCAGCUUCAUUCUCCUCAACUCCGACCUGGACACUAUCCUGCAACUGGUCAUCCUUAGUCGUCGUGUGUUUAACCGAGUGAAGAUGAAUUUUUGCUGGGCUGUGGUGUACAAUAUCAGUCUGAUACCCAUUGCUGCAGGUGUGUUGUACCCAAUCGUCAACGGUCAUCGACACGAAAUGGUCGGGGGUGAGCUGGUUACUCUUGAUAACCACUGGAGACUCAGUCCCGUAUGGGCUGCUCUGGCAAUGGCUUUGAGUAGUUUCUCGGUCAUUUGCAGUAGCUUGGCUUUGGGAAUUGAAUGGGAAAAGAUCAAGAAAGUUCUUGGAUUGGGAAAGUCUGAACAAUCAUGAUAUAAUUCUAUUGUGAAUUCUUUUAAAGCGACACUGUCGGUUGUCUGGCAUUGUGAUGGGCCACGAUUUAUUAUGUUACUUUUUAUGAUACUCCCCAUGCCAUGAGGCAGAAUAUGGGUUGCAAAAUUGUUGAAUAUAGAUGUUAAAAAUGUAAUCAAUACUCUUAUGCUAAAUUUUCCUAAGCACUUGUCUUAUCAUUUUUCAUGAACACGUUCAUCACUAACCCGAUUCACCCCAAAUCUCGGCAAUCCUUUUACUCAAAGCCUUGGUCACCUUCUUUCGCCCAAUCAAGGUCUUCAUCUGUUCAGAAAUCAUAUUCUCCCUGUCCCUGGGAUCCAGAGCUUCAUAUGCUUCAACCAGCUCGCGCGGAGUGCGCCACCGACGCUGGAUCUCCAGAGCUU